AUGUCGGCGGCGGUCGAGGAGCAGAUGGUAGUGAAAGCGAUCCGGGAGGAGUGCCCGUGGGAGUCCCUCCCCAAGCGUCUCCAGUCCACUCUCCACACCAAGGACGAGUGGCACCGCAGGAUUGUGGAUUAUUGCAUCCGAAAACGAUUACAAUGGAAUACCUGCUUUGCCCGUCGAGUUUACAGGGAAGGGGAAUACUAUGAAGAAAUGAUGCGCUAUCUCCGGCGCAAUCUUGCAUUAUACCCAUACCAUCUUGCAGACUAUAUAUGCCGAGUAUUGAGGAUCUCACCAUUCAGAUAUUACUGUGACAUCCUGUUCGAAACUAUGAAGAACGAACAACCAUAUGAUAGUAUUCCAAACUUCACUGCUGCUGAUGCCCUAAGGCUGACUGGUAUUGGAAGAAAUGAAUUUAUUGAUAUUAUGAACAAAUGCAGAUCAAAGAAACUAAUGUGGAAGCUGAACAAAUCAAUCGCAAAAGAUUUACUGCCUACACAGCCUGUUGACUUCCCAGUCGAGCCUUGGUGGGGAGUUUGUCUGGUUAACUUUACAUUGGAAGAGUUCAAGAAACUUUCAGAAGAAGAAACAGCAACCAUAGACAAAAUCUGCAAAGAGGAAGCCAAUUCAUAUAUUCUUUUUGAUAUGAAGAUUAUAGAUGACCUCUAUAAAAGAGGGUUAGUGUACUUUGAUGUGCCUGUUUACACUGAUGACCGCUUCAAAGGUUACUAUAUUGUUUCUUUUUGUUCAGUUUCUAGGCUUGAAGGCUUUGUUUCUAACAAGGAUCAAUCCUAUGAAGACCCAAUCGAAGAGCUACUUUAUGCUGUAUUUGUUGUGUCAAGUGCUAAUGCUACUGUUGCUGAAUUGGCUGCAACUUUACAAGCUGACCUUUAUCAGCUGCAGGCAGCGGCAUCAUUUGCUUGCCGAUUGGGCUGGGCUGUAAAACUUGUGGAUGGUGACUCUGUAUUUAAAGACGAAGGUGAACCUCCAUCUCUCAGUAACAUUCUUAGUGAUGAUGAUGAAGGUUCAAAUGCAAGUAUCAACUCAGAAAAGUCCAAUCAACAGUUGCUUAGCAUCGAUACUAAUGGACCCAGGAGAAUAUCCGGGACAGCUCAUGUAGGUUUUGUUGUUGAUGCCAAUGUUACUUCAUACUUGAUGAUGGGUUCAUUGUCCCCAGGUCUAAAAUCUCAUGCUGUCACGCUGUAUGAAGCUGGAAAAUUAGGUGAUUCUUGCAUUGCGGAACUAUGCAGUGAUCUGGCUAGUUUAGAAGGAAAGAAAUUUGAGGGUGUGCUAGAGGAGUUUGCUAAUCAUGCAUUCAGUCUGCGGUGGUCCCUCGAGUGCUUAAAGUCCGGUGGAGUUUCUACCGAUGAUAGUACUGAUAAAGAUGGUGAAACAAAGACUCCAACAAAUUUAUUGCAUGAAAAUGUUACAGCCUAUCUGGCCAAUGCAAACAUCGAGGACAGAGCUGAGGAUGGCCUUGGUAAAGUGCCCCAGCAUAACUGCUCUACUGGUGUUUUAGAUAAUAAAGAUGAGAAUAUAUCAUCAGUGUCGAUGGGUUUACCAGAACGUGGGGAAAACAUGGUUAGAAUUGAGGCUCAGAAUGACUCAACUGGCACCAAUGUGUUGAUGAUAAAAAGGAAGUACACUGUUGAUGUCCUCCGAUGUGAGAGCCUUGCUUCACUUGCUCCAGCAACACUAGAACGGCUAUUUCUCCGUGACUAUGACAUUAUUGUGUCAAUGGUUCCUCUUCCUUCUUCAUCAGUUCUUCCUGGUCCUUCAGGCACGAUUCAUUUUGGUCCACCCUCUUAUUCUGCGAUGACACCUUGGAUGAAGCUAGUAUUGUAUACUGCAGGCCAUUCUGGACCACUAUCUGCUGUUUUCUUGAAAGGACAACGCUUCAGAUUGCUUCCUGAACCAUUAGCUGGUUGUGAAAAAGCAUUGUUAUGGUCUUGGGAUGGCUCUAUGGUUGGUGGACUAGGAGGGAAGUUUGAAGGGAAUUUGGUCAAGGGCAAUCUACUCUUACAUUGCUUGAACUCGAUGUUGAAGCAAUCUGCCGUGUUAGUGCAACCGCUUAGAAUAGAUGAUCUCAACGCAUCAGGAAGCCUUGUCACAGUAGAUAUCCCUUUACCCCUGAAGAAUGAUGAUCAUUCAAUUGCAUCUGUGGUAGCUCAAGCGAAUUUGCCAAAGGAACAGGUCUUUAAUUUGACCUCAGUACUGAAAGACCUAUCCAGUAAAUUUCAGUUGACCACGCUUGGCUACCUUCGUCUAUUAAGACUUAACAAUCUUGUCGAAUCGGAUAAGUUUCACCCAGAAAAUGCAAGUUACCAGUGGGUGCCCUUGAGUUUGGAGUUUGGAAUUCCCUUGUUCAAUCCAAACUUAUGUGAGAGGAUUUGUGAAAGGGUGGUUGCGUCUCGUAUACUUCAGAAAGAUGAUCUCACUGAACAUUAUGAUGUGAUGCAAAAUGUAAGGAGGCGUCUCAGAGAACUUUGUAGUGAAUAUCAAGCAACUGGACCAGUAGCUAAGUUAUAUAACAAGAGGGGAAGCUCAAGGGAUCUACCUCGCACUUUAAUCAAUAGUAUUAGUAGCAGAUGGGAUCCAGCAAAUGAUCCUUCAGCACCAACCAACACAAGAACCCCAAGUGAACACGAGAGGCUAAAACUUGCUGUCCGACAGAGAUGCGGCACAGAAGUUGUGGGCUUUGAUGGGAGGACUGUCAGGUCAUAUUCACUCUCUCCGGAGCAGGAAGAGGCUACCACCAAACACAUCUCUGACGAACAGUCAUCCACCCAUGAAGGAAAGCCAGAUCAAGAAGAUGCACACAGCAAGGAUGUAACCUUGCCAGGACUAAACCUUAUCUUUGACGGAGUUGAAUUACACCCCUUCGAUAUUGGUGCUUGUCUUCAAGCACGCCAACCUCUCUGGUUGAUAGCUGAGGCAUCAACAGUUUCAUCAACCCUCAUAUGA